AGACGGCAUCGCCAUACAGACGCCGAAGGCUUAUCAGUCGCUCGAGACGUUCGCUGCAGCAGUUGUCAAUUUUCCCUCGCGCUCUUGGCCAAAUAAAGUGUUGAAGAUGCCCAUGGUCGAGAGCAAGAACGAACAUCCGAAACACAUCAAGAGACCCAGCGAGAAUGAUUUCUUGCACACUCAGGUCAAACACGCGCCACAGAGUCAGCCGCAAUUCAGCUACGAAGCUCUUCAGGAAAGUGCUCAAUAUUUACUCGAUCGCACCACCAUCCGACCAAGGAUCGGAAUUAUUUGCGGUUCUGGAUUGGGUCCGAUCGUCGACACCUUAACUCAAAAACAAGUUUUCCCUUAUGAAGAAAUUCCACAUUUUCCAAGCUCCACUGUCAAGGGCCACGUCGGCCAAAUGGUCUUUGGUUACCUUCAAGGUGUACCGGUUAUGUGUAUGCAGGGACGGUUCCACUAUUACGAAGGAUAUCCGCUUUGGAAGUGCGCGAUGCCAGUGAGGGUGAUGAAGUUGGUUGGUGCGACUCACCUGAUAGUGACGAACGCCGCCGGAGGCAUCAAUCCCAAUUUCAAAGUCGGUGAUAUUAUGCUCAUGAAGGACCACGUCAACAUGAUGGGCUUCGCCGGUAACAGUCCUCUUCAAGGACCCAACGACGACAGAUUUGGACCAAGAUUCCCACCCAUGAAUCAAGCUUACGAUAAGCAACUCUUGGCGAUAGCCGACAAAGUCGUAGCCGAAAUGGGCAUUCAAAAUAUCGUACGCAGAGGAGUAUACACGUGUAUUGGCGGUCCUAAUUACGAGACCGUUGCUGAAUUCAAGAUUCUCCAGAUUCUUGGCAUCGACGCCGUCGGCAUGUCCACGGUCCACGAAGUCAUCACGGCUCGCCACUGCAACAUGAAAGUGUUCGCGUUUAGUUUAAUCACAAACAUGGCCACGUCCAAUUAUGAAGAUCACACCGAGGCCGACCAUAAGGAAGUUAUGGAGAUAGGCAAACGCAUGGAAGGUCUUCUCAAAGAAUUUGUUUCCAGAAUGAUCGCGCACAUCAAGGAUACUUUUGACGAUGUAGCCAAAUAACUGAACGAUACAGCAUAAAGGAGAAUGAAACAAUGACAACUAUGUAUAUUCAUCGAUAUCAAAAGAAUAGGCUCUGCUGUAUUUAUUUUUCGAGAUAGCUAAUACUUCAUCCAGUGCGUGAUUGUCCUUCUCGUUCUAAAAUUUCUUAGAAUGAUAAUCGUUCAAUGUAGAUUUUGCGACUAUUCAUUAGCGUUGACUGACAAAGAGUUUUAAGCACGUGGAAUAUUAAAUGUCUUUUAAACACGAUUACUGACGUAUUCUCCGUAAAUAGUUCAAGUAUUGCAAGAAGAUUGGACGAGAGGACACUAAGUUCUCAUUUCGCACACUCUGGAAUCAUUGUAGAAAACCUUAGUUUUACAUGAUGCAUCGCUUAGUUUUAAGAAUUAUAUAUUUGUACGUAAAUUUCGUAAUUUUAAUUUAACCAUUUCAGUAAAAUAACAUCAUUUUAUAAUAAAAAUUGACUUAUUUGAUUUGAAUAAGCAUCCUUGAUAAUUACUGAGUUAUCUCUUAGAUUUCAUGUUAAACGCAAGACAUAAUAAUGUUUUUCUCCUGUGUCUUACAAUACGUAUAAUCCUUUGGUGAAAUUAAUGAUAAAUGAAAAAAAUAGUAGCUUGAAGUUAAUAAGCAGUUAAGUUUGGUUGAACAACAUGUUAACAAGUUUUUCCAAUAACUUAAUUCGUUUAUUUGAUUAAGUUAGAUUUACUGUUUGUAGAUACUCCCUCUAAAUACGAUAAAUCUAUCGUUUUGGAAAACGGUAAAUUAUUAUAUGAUAAUUAUUUUUGGUUUUUAAUUGAUUUCGAUAAAAUCAAAAGACGAAAACUUUUAAAUAAAAAAUAAUCAUUGAAUAUCGUGUCUCAUAGAUCAGUACUUCUGUCUAUGUUCGAUAAUCUGUGUGAAGUAUAAUUAGCAAAAACUUCCAAAAAGCUAAAAAACAAGUAUAUCAAAUUAAAAUUUGAUUUGUAAACACUUAGAAAUAAACAAAGUUCUUGAUUGUAUCAAUAU